GUGGGCGGGCGGCCAUGACUGCUGGCCGAGGCAGACCCCAUUUGUGUGUGUGUGUGUGUGUCGACGGCAAGGCAGGAUAAUAGCGCUUGCACGCAGAGUGGUGGCCGCCGCCGCGAGUGAGUGCGUCCGUGUUUCGAGUGAGUGCGUGUGUGUCGAAUUCGUCGGCGGCGGCAUGUCACGGCCGGCCGAAUAGCCGACCCCCGCAGCCCCGAGCACGAGCCAUGGCCGACAGCAAGCAGCAAAGCAAGGCGCCGAGUCGCACCACCAGCGAGACCCUGCGGCUGUCCGAGCCGAAGCAGCAGCCGUUGGUGCAGCCGCCGCAGCCGAAGAAGGGCCCCUCCUUCCAGAUCACGUCGGUGACGCGCGUCAGCACCGACGCCGGCGACGACUCGGCCGACGACCUCGACGAGUCGCACACCGAGUCGAGGGCCACCGACCUGGAGACGCCCUCCUUCUCCGAGGACGCGUCCUUCUCCAGGGACGAGAUCUUCACGGCCUUCGGACAGACCGGCACGGCGUCGGCGCCCGUCAUCCCCACCAGCGCCCAGUACGGACUGGCCCUCGUCGGGCCCGCCAAUGCCGACGGGCCGCACGAGGCCAAGGAGGCCGACCACAAGGACCAGCCCUGCAAGAACGACCGCUUUAAGGUGGUGAAAAUCGAGAGCACGGAGCCGUUCAAGCGCGGCCGCUGGACGUGCAUGGACUUCCUGGACCACAACAUGGCGCCGGCCGCCGCCCCCGAGGAGCCGCCGGCCGCCCCCGAGGAGGCGGAGGUGGAGGCGGCCACCAGGGUGCCGCCGCAGCACCUGCAGGAGGCGGUGCGAUCCACCCCGCCGCCGCCGCAGCAGUUCGUCAAGCCGCUGCAGCAGCCGACGUUCGUGCAGAAGCCGCAGGGCUACGUGGCCAAGCCGCAGGCCUUCCAGCCGCAACCGCAGCAGCCCAUGCAGGGCUACGUGCCGCAGCCCAUGUCGCAGCCGUCGAGCUUCGCCAGCAAUCCGAUGCAGCCGCUGGUGCAGCAGCCGCAGCCGGUGCAGCAGCAACAACAGCAGCCGCCGCAACAGCAGCAACAGCCGUUCGUGCAGCAGCAGCCGCAGCAGCAACCGUUCGUCCAACAGCCGCAGCAGCAGCAGCCGCAGGCCGCGCAGAAGGCCAUGUCGCAGCCGGCCGGCUUCAUCAACCAACAGCCGCCGCAGCCGCAGCAGGGCUUCCAGCCGUUCGUCACCCAGCCAUCGGCGUUCCAACAGCCGCAGUUCACGCAGCAGCAGCCGCCGCCGAACGGCCAGUACCAGCAGCAGCCGCAGGUCACCUACGUGCAGACCGACUUCCAGCAGAUGAUGCAGCCGCAACAGCCGCAGCCGGCCGCCUACCAGCCGCUCUACCAGCCCAAGCCGCAGCCGCAGAUGCAAUUCGUGCCGCAGACCUCGAUGGCGAACACGUUCACUCAGCCGACGUACCAGGACUACAUGGUGCAGCAGCCGCAACAGCCGCCGCAGCCGCAAUACCAGCCGCAGCCCAUGCCCAUGCAGAUCCUGCAGCCGCAGCCGCAGAUGGUGCCCACCAGCAUCCCGGCGCCCUUCCAGCCGCAGAUGCAGCCGCAGCAGCCGCAAAUCCAGCCGCAGCAGCCGCAGAUCCAACAGCAACAGCCGCAAAUCCAACAACAACAGCCGCAAAUCCAACAACAACAGCCGCAAAUCCAACAACAACAGCCGCAAAUUCAACAACAACAGCCGCAAUUACAACAACAGCCGCAACCGGUGAUCCAACAACCGCAGCAGCCCCAGCCGCAAAUCCAGCCGCAGAUUCAGCCGCAGCAGCCGCAAAUCCAGGCGCAGCAAGCGAAACCGCUGGCGAACGGCCCUUCCGCCCCCUACCCCUACGUCAACGGCCCCCUAAACGGCCCUACGCACCACGAAGAACAGCCGCAGCAGCCGCAAGAGGCUGCAGCCGCCGCCGCGGCCGUCGCGGCCAUCGCCCCGCAGGAGCUACUCACCUCCGAGGAGCUGCAGGCCAACCACGCCGACGAGUCUGAAAGUUGGCUGGUGCGUGCGUUAGCCGCCGCCUCUUCCCGCGCCGGAGACCUCUUGCUCUCGCACCGACCGGCCGCCUCCGCCGGGGGCGGCGCAGCCCCGCGGGCAGCCCAGCAGCCCCCGCGCCAGGCCCGCUCGUCCUCGCCGCGCGAGCCCGCCACCAGCAGUGCCUCCGGGACCAGUGCAGUCGCCAUAGACAACAAGAUAGAGCAGGCCAUGGAUCUGGUGAAGAGCCACCUGAUGUUCGCCGUGCGCGAGGAGGUGGAGGUGCUGAAGGAAAAGAUCGUCGAGCUGACUGGCCGGAUCAACCAGCUCGAGUUCGAGAACACGGUGCUGAAGGCGCACGCGAGCGCCGACACGCUGCAGCUCAUCAGCAAGCCGCCGCCGACGCAGAACUCGUGAAUGAACGCGGCCGGCGCCCCGUGGCCCGCCCCGCGGCCCCCCAAAGACUGCAUUUACGGCCCCCCAGUGAUAUCGGACACGCUGCCGGUCGCCGCCGCCGCAAUCGCAAUCGCCGGCGACACGGACAGAGAGUAAUUAUUUUUUAAGUUCCAACACGACGACUUAUGAAGAGGAUUCGCUGUCGGAUGAGAAAAAAUAAAUAAAAGAAAGGAAGAAUCUGUGAUUACGUAGGAAAUUACACGAACAUACACACAUACACGCACGCACCCAUACGAGCGACUCACACACAUACACACUCACUCUCUCUCGGAAGAGCAGUAAUUAGCUGAGUAAUGCAGUAAUUAAGAUUAUUAAUUGAAUUAUUUCUUUCUUAAGUGUCUCGUUUGUGAAAAUGAAUUCGAGAAGCUCCCUCCAACCCUCCCUGCCUGCACCCCCAGACGUGUACUUUCCGCCCCCAAAUCUACAGCUGAGACUGUUUGUUCUAUUGAAUAUGUGUCUGCGUCUGUUUGCAUGAGUCUUGAGUAAAUAUUUUUUGCUUAUAUAAAUAAUAAA